UUGACCAGGUUUGGGUCAAUCAAUUCACAGAAGUAUAGCUUCUGACCAAAUAUAGGAGUCCGUCACGAGUUUCAUCGCCUCGUCCAUGGCGUUUCGAUUUGUCGAUGGAUUCUGCUGCGUUUUUGCGCUCUGUCUUCUGUUUCCGCCUUUUUCCAUUUCCGGUUCUACUCAGCAGUUUUGUAGUGCUGAGAGUGGAUAUUAUGGUGCGACAGCGUGUGGAAUUCAGUCGUCCUCGUCAACAAAGCUUUUGAUCAAAGGAGGUACUGUCGUGAAUGCACACCAUCAAGAGGUUGCUGAUGUUUUUGUGGAGGAUGGGAUUGUUGUCUCGGUACAGCCAAACAUCGAGGUUGGGGAUGAUGUCACUGUGCUCGAUGCCUCUGGAAAGUUUGUCAUGCCAGGAGGAAUUGAUCCUCACACGCACCUCGCCAUGGAAUUUAUGGGUUCCGAAACUAUUGAUGAUUUCUUCAGUGGCCAGGCAGCAGCAUUAGCUGGUGGAACAACUAUGCACAUUGACUUCGUUAUACCAGUCAACGGGAAUCUACUGGCUGGUUUUGAAGCCUAUGAGAAAAAAUCCAAAAAUUCGUGCAUGGAUUAUGGUUUUCAUGUGGCAAUUACAAAGUGGGAUGAAAAUGUUUCCAGGGACAUGGAAAUAUUGGUCAAGGAAAAGGGUAUCAACUCUUUCAAAUUCUUCUUAGCAUACAAAGGAUCCUUUAUGGUCACCGAUGAGCUCUUAUUGGAGGGCCUUAAAAGAUGCAAGUCCCUUGGUGCCUUGGCAAUGGUUCAUGCAGAAAAUGGAGAUGCAGUGUCUGAAGGACAGAAAAGAAUGAUCGAACUAGGCAUUACAGGUCCAGAGGGGCAUGCUCUUUCAAGGCCUGCGGUGAUUGAAGGAGAAGCCACUGCCCGAGCAAUUCGUUUGGCUCAUUUUGUUAACACGCCUCUUUACGUUGUCCAUGUUAUGAGUAUUGACGCAAUGGAGGAGGUUGCAAAAGCUAGGAAAGCAGGCCAGAAGAUUAUUGGAGAGCCUGUUGUUUCUGGAUUAAUCCUUGAUGAUCAGUGGCUUUGGCAUCCUGAUUUCAUAACUGCAGCCAAGUAUGUGAUGAGUCCACCUAUUAGGCCAGCCGGACAUGGAAAAGCUUUACAGGCUGCCCUUUCAACGGGAAUUCUUCAGCUUGUAGGAACUGAUCACUGUACCUUUAAUUCUACACAAAAAGCUCUUGGCAUUGAUGAUUUCCGGAAAAUUCCUAACGGUGUUAAUGGCCUCGAAGAACGGAUGCACCUGAUAUGGGAUACCAUGGUGGGAUCUGGCCAAAUCUCUGUUACUGAUUUUGUCCGAAUAACAAGCACUGAAUGUGCUAGAAUUUUCAACAUCUAUCCAAGGAAAGGAGCUAUUCUUCCCGGCUCAGACGCGGACAUAAUCAUACUGAAUCCCAACUCGAGCUUCGAGAUCAGCUCAAAGUCUCAUCAUUCCAGAACAGACACUAAUGUCUACGAGGGUAGAAGCGGAAAGGGGAAGGUGGAAGUGACAAUAGCCGGAGGAAGAGUUGUAUGGGAAAAUGAUGAACUCAAGGUCAUUCCUGGCUCGGGAAAGUACGUAAAGAUGCCGCCUUUCAGUUACCUUUUCGAUGGGAUUGACAAGUCAGACGCUAAUUACCUAUCGUCUCUUCGAGCUCCAGUUAAGCGUUCCAGAUCUGAAGGUUAAGAUACAGGUACUUUUUUGCAUUCUGUCAUUUCAUUUCUACAACAGUUGCAUAUAUCAUUAUUUGGGUCCAAGAUAUAUUAUAUGGUUUAGGCAUUGUGAACAAUGUUGUUCAUAGAUCAUGGGUCAUCUCUAUUACAGAUCGUUGUGUUUGAUAUUGAUUGUGUUCAAAGGUUAAAGAAUCGAUCUUUGUCAUGGAAUA